UUAUUCUUAAUCACGUGUACCUCUGCAGACUGAUUGGGAGGGCGGCUAUUACCCGUUGACUAUGAACUUCAGUGAAGAUUAUCCAAGCAAGCCACCAAAGUGUAAAUUCCCUCAAGGUUUCUUUCAUCCGAAUGUCUAUCCAUCUGGAACUGUUUGCCUCUCAAUUCUUAAUGAAGAUAGUGGGUGGCGACCAGCCAUAACAGUGAAGCAGAUUUUAGUUGGCGUUCAGGAUUUGUUGGAUCAGCCAAACCCUGCCGAUCCAGCUCAAACUGAAGGUUAUCAUUUGUUCAUUCAGGUAAUAGAGCCUGACCUGAAUUAUUGUGGAAAUUAGAAUACAAUAUCAGGA